GUAGACGGGCAGCCGCGAGGUGGGUGGAGUGCUCUGCGCUCGAACUCCAUCCUCGCAGAAUGGAUUCCUCCCCUGUGACCGCUCCGCCACUCGACGACUCUUCUGUGCCAUCUCCUCCCACGCCUGCCGCGCCUCCACCAUCCGAUUCCUUGUCCUCAUCGCCUACUUCCGACUCAUCGACGUCGCCGUCGUCACAGCCACCUUCCAAAUCCGAGUCGGAUACUUCAACAACCAAAAACUCUCCACCUCCUCCGUCGUCCUCCUCUUCCCAGUCUCUUCCUUCAUCCCCACCACCAUCGUCGCAUAAAUCCUCCUCCUCCUCCUCUUCAUCUCCAUCACUGCCAUCUGAGUCAAGCUCGCCAACAACCCCGUCCUCGUCGGACGCAUCGUCAUCGCCAGCCUCAAGAAGCCCCUCCAAGUCGCUUCCUUCGCAGACAUCGCCACCGAGCAAGGAUUCAAGCACACAUCGGACGAAUGACUCUGACGCGAAUCUGCCCCUCAUUCUGGGGGUCACCGUAGGUCUUGGGAUAUUCAUCAUGUUGAUGAUCGUGUCUUUUGUGCUGUGCACUAAGAAGAAGAAGAAGAACCCCAACCAUGUCAUGCACUAUUAUGAUGCUCCAGGGCCCAAUGGUGGCUUCUACAAUGGCGGAUCGCUUCCAAGAUGGCAAAAUGGAGCCCAAGGGAUGGACUACGGUGGCAAGAUGCCCCCACCUCCCGGAGCAGCAAUGUCACCCGGAGGUGGUUGGCAUCAGUCGCCACAUCCACCCAUGAUGGCCAGCGGCGACAUGAGCUCACUCUACUCUGGCUUCCAUGGGCCUCCAUUGCCGCCCCCUUCGCCUAAUGUGGCCUUGGGCUUCAACCAGAGCACCUUCACCUACGACGAGAUCGCAGCGGUGACAAAUGGAUUCUCUCGCGACAACCUCCUGGGGCAAGGCGGGUUCGGCUACGUGUACAAGGGUGUGCUCCCGAACGGGAAGGAGAUUGCAGUGAAGCAGCUCAAGUCCGGCAGCGGGCAAGGGGAGAGGGAGUUCCAAGCAGAGGUUGAGAUCAUCAGCAGAGUCCACCAUCGCCAUCUGGUCUCGCUCGUCGGAUACUGCAUCGCAGGAGCGCAGCGGAUGCUGGUCUACGAGUUCGUGCCCAACCAGACUCUGGAGUACCACCUGCAUGGAAAGGAUCUUCCAACAAUGGAUUGGCCUACGAGACUCAAGAUCGCUAUAGGAUCAGCGAAAGGCCUCGCUUACUUGCACGAAGACUGCCAUCCUCGAAUCAUCCAUCGCGAUAUCAAAGGUGCCAACAUUCUCCUGGAUAACAAAUUCGAAGCCAUGGUUGCAGACUUCGGAUUGGCCAAAUUGUCUUCAGAUACCAACACUCAUGUCUCAACUCGAGUCAUGGGAACGUUCGGAUACUUGGCACCUGAGUACGCAUCGAGUGGGAAGCUGACGGAGAAGUCCGACGUCUUCUCCUUCGGCGUGAUGCUUCUGGAGCUGAUAACGGGACGAAGGCCCAUUGACCUUACGGGAGAUAUGGAGGACAGCUUGGUCGAAUGGGCGAGGCCUCUUCUGGCCCGCGCGCUGGCCGACCAAAACUUCGACGAGCUCGUAGACCCGCGAUUGGAGAACAACUACGACGUCGGGGAGAUGUUGCGAAUGGCCGCGAGCGCUGCUGCCAGCGUUCGGCACUCCGCAAGGCGGCGCCCGAAGAUGAGCCAGAUUGUUCGAGGGUUGGAGGGCGAUGUAUCACUGGAGGACUUGAACGAGGGGGUGAAGCCUGGGCAGAGCACGAUCUUCAACUCCAGCUCCGACUACGACUCCGCCUCCUACUCCUCCGACAUGCGGCGGUUCAGGAAGCUCGCGCUGGAGAGCAAUGACUACAGCAACGAAUACAGUGGAGCGGCGAGCGACUACGGGCUAAACCCGUCCGAGUCGGGCAGCUCCGGCGAGAUCAGCUCCGCCAGGGGCCAGAGAAAGAAAUCUCAACCUACUCUCGGAACAACUUGGGAGGAUUAACACAUGGAAUCAGCGAGCAUGAGUUGGUUGAAAUCAUUGGGUUGAUGUGUCAAUGAGAACGAUUUAUCUACUAAUUCAUCAACAAUGGAUUCGGAUGUGUGAUCUGAUCCUGUUGCCAGCGGCUUGAUCACACUCACAGUCAUGUCUGAGGUUAGGAAAAGGGCGAAGAAUUUUCAUUUUCUCACCUCCGUUCACCUCAAGAUCAUUUUCUUUAGCUCGAACAUGUGACUUUGUUCUUCCUUUUUUCUCUCUUUUUCCAUCAAAAACAUAAUUAUA